AUGCGCUUCACUCUCACCUCCAUCUUCACCACCCUCGCGCUCGCCCUCGGCGCCUCUGCCGCCGGUUGCGACUGCUUUGACUACACCAAGGGUUCCUGCAAGCAGUGGUCGAGCAACUUGAUGAACGACGAUCUCGUGGCGCACUGCAAGGACUCGGGCAUUAAGACGUACGGCGUGUGCUGCGACUCGUGCCCGGGCAAGUAUGGGUGCCCUUGA